GAGUGGCAGGGAGCGUGCGCGGGUUGGGGUGGAGUUGUUGUCGGUUCGGUUCGAGCUGCUACCGCCGCCGUUGUCGAGCGGGGUGGGAAUCGUGAUCGGGUCAGGGAAGGGACAGGGGAGAAAGGGGCGCUUCCUGCUCGAGUGCUCCCGAAGCCGCGGCUCCCAACAUGCCGAGUAAUAAAUUAGAGAGGACUGACCGCAUUGAAGCCAGUGAUAAUGUGAAGGUUGUGGUACGCUGCCGGCCAAUGAAUGAAAAAGAAAGGACUAUGGGACAUAGACAAGUGGUGAAUGUGGAUGAGAUACGAGGAACAAUCACAGUCUAUAAGACAGAUGCUGCCAACGAGCCACCAAAAACAUUCACUUUUGAUACAGUCUUCGGUCCAGAGAGCAAGCAAGUAGAUGUGUACAAUCUCACAGCAAGACCCAUUGUUGAUUCUGUUCUGGAAGGGUAUAAUGGCACAGUAUUUGCUUAUGGACAAACUGGCACUGGGAAGACAUUCACUAUGGAAGGAGUACGGGCAGUGCCUGAACUUAGGGGAAUUAUUCCCAAUUCAUUUGCUCACAUAUUUGGCCACAUUGCAAAGUCUGAGGGAGAUACCAGAUUCCUUGUACGAGUAUCUUACCUGGAAAUUUAUAAUGAGGAGGUUCGCGAUCUUCUUGGAAAGGAUCAGAGCCAGAGAUUGGAGGUUAAGGAACGGCCUGAUGUUGGAGUAUAUAUUAAAGAUCUCUCUGGUUAUGUAGUUAACAAUGCAGAUGACAUGGAUCGUAUUAUGACUUUGGGAAAUAAGAACCGUUCUGUUGGUGCUACAAAUAUGAAUGAGCACAGUUCACGUUCUCAUGCUAUUUUCACCAUUACUAUUGAGUGUAGUGAAAAAGGAAUAGAUGGAAAUAUUCACGUACGCAUGGGCAAACUACACCUUGUGGAUCUUGCUGGUUCAGAACGACAAGGGAAGACUGGAGCCACAGGGCAGCGAUUAAAAGAAGCAACAAAGAUUAACCUCUCACUAUCCACCCUUGGUAAUGUUAUCUCGGCUCUUGUUGAUGGUAAAAGUACACAUGUGCCCUACCGUAAUUCCAAGUUGACACGUUUACUUCAGGAUUCAUUAGGAGGAAAUUCGAAGACGAUGAUGUGUGCGAACAUUGGACCAGCAGAUUACAAUUAUGAUGAAACCAUCAGUACUUUACGAUAUGCAAACAGAGCAAAGAAUAUAAAGAAUAAAGCCAGAAUUAAUGAAGACCCUAAAGAUGCUCUUUUGCGUCAGUUCCAGAAGGAAAUUGAAGAUCUCAGAAAUAAACUGAAAGAAGGCGAAGAAAUCUCUGGUUCAGAAAUAAGUGGUUCUGAAGAUGAAGAAGAAGAAGAAGAAGGGGAAAAUGGAGAGGGAGGAGAGAAAAAAAAGAAAAGAAAAGAUCAAGCGGGAAGGAAGAAGGUAUCUCCGGAAAAGAUGGCAGAAAUGCAGGCAAAGAUUGAUGAAGAGAGAAAAGUUCUUGAAGCCAAGCUUGACAUGGAAGAGGAAGAAAGAAACAAAGCAAGAGCAGAGCUCGAGAAGAGAGAAAAAGACCUGCUGAAAGCACAGCAAGAACACCAGUCUUUGUUGGAAAAAUUGUCAGCUCUAGAGAAGAAAGUGAUAGUGGGAGGAGUGGAUCUUUUGGCAAAAGCUGAAGAGCAAGAGAGGCUGCUGGAUGAAUCUAAUUGUGAACUGGAAGCUCGCCGGAAUCGUGCAGAACAACUUAGAAAGGAGUUGGAGGAAAAAGAGCAAGAACGUCUAGACAUCGAGGAGAAGUAUACCAGUUUGCAGGAGGAGGCACAAGGUAAAACAAAGAAACUGAAGAAAGUUUGGACAAUGCUGAUGGCAGCAAAGUCGGAGAUGGCAGACUUGCAACAAGAACAUCAACGUGAAAUCGAAGGACUGCUGGAGAACGUAAGACAACUAGGCCGAGAGCUCAGACUCCAGAUGCUCAUUGUUGACAACUUUAUUCCUCAUGAAUACCAGGAGAUGAUUGAAAACUACGUACACUGGAAUGAAGACAUUGGAGAGUGGCAGCUGAAAUGUGUGGCAUAUACAGGAAACAAUAUGAGAAAGCAGACACCAGUCCCUGACAAAACGGAAAAAGAUCCAUUUGAAGUGGAUCUAUCUCAUGUUUACUUGGCCUACACUGAAGAGAGUCUACGUCAGUCACUAAUGAAACUGGAGCGACCAAGAACUUCAAAAGGUGGAAAAUCCAGACCCAAAACCGGAAGAAAGAAGCGCUCGACAAAGGCUGAAGCUGGAAUUGACUCUCUCCUUCAAUGACCAAAAGACUAGGCUGACAAUGAACUUCUGUUUGAGAUGCAAAAUGUUGUAGGACAUUGAAAUAUGAUUUAUGAUGUCUCAACAUGAGCUUUUGUUGAAUCCACAUAUACUGGUCUAUGAGGAAAAGGUCUAAAGUUCUUGAUAGUAGAAUGUCCUGAGAUCAAGUUUUGUUAUCUAAUAUUAUGAGAUUCUGUUCUUUAGUUAUUCAUGAUACUGGUCUUGGCUUAUUGUCUUAUUAGUGAAAAAUAUUCAGCAGGCAGCUAACCUGUUAAUUAAAAGAUUACCUGCUUUUGAAGGAAAAUCAAAACGUUAGUUAACAUUUUCAGACACUUUCUGAAACUCAAAGGACUUGAGGUUUUCUACAACAGGUACCAAGUAACUUUGUUUGGUUGCAACCGUUACCUCAGUCAUUUUUUUUCAUUCUGAAAUGUAUAGACUUUCAAGUUCAAACUUACUAUCAUUUUUACCACUUGUUCAUUUUUAUCUUGUUUUUGUUAAAGCUUUGUCUGCACUAUUGUUGUAAUAUGUCAAUGCUUUUCUGAUUGUGUUCAGUGCUGUAGAUUAGGUGCUUAAUUCUUUGAUACAUAAUAUGGCUCUUUUAUUUGUAUAAAGGAGUAUAUUAUCUAUUAACCUUUAGCUUGGGGUUGCAGGAGGGAGAAGAAAUAUUUAUUAAAAAUUGUUCAGUUAAAUUGUUCACAUUCUAUUCCUUCCCCAGUAAGUACAUGGAGGGGCUAUAGAAGAAGUUCACAAAGAUUAGAGUUUUGUUCUGGAGAGCCACAGAAAGUGGCACUUUCAUGAGAUGGAGGAGGUCAAGAAGAAAUCAGGGAAGGUUUUGGGAAUAUAAUGGUGAAUGAGGUAUCUUUUCUUCUGUUAAUUUAUACUCAGGAAAAGUUUGUCAUUCUUCAGAAUUGUAAGAGAAUAGUGGAGGAUUAUUUUAUGGUUGGUACUUAACAUUGGAAUAUAGCAACUAAAAAGAGUAGAAACUAAGUUUUGUAAAAUGUUUCAAAAGGCAAUUGAAUCACUGAACCAAAAAUAAACAAGGAAUGAAAAAUGGGCAGUGAAAUAGACUUAAUAGAUCGUGACAUUUGCACUGUUGCAGUGGGCUGUAUGGCCUAGUACUGUGACAUUCUUGGAUUCUGCCUUCUCAAAGUAAUUUAUAUUAGGAGUCAGUUAUUUGCAGCAACUUAGUGUAAACAAAUUAAAACAAUCUGUGUACUGGCAACCGUUAAAUAGGAAAUCUGUAAAAAUACGAAUAGGAAACAAGAUAAUAAAGCACUUUUAGCUCAUUGUAGGGUGUGCCCAUAGUGUCUAAUGUUAGCGAGAACUCUGGACUUCUAAUUGCUAUUAUUUUUAAAACACUAACUCAAAUGUUUUGCUCAACAGUUCCUUAAUUAUAUUUGUUAAAAGGAAAGCUGCUCUUUUGUUUGAGCAUAUGAAGUAUUGCGCUAAGAACAUUUUCUCUUAGAGAAGGGAACAAAAGAUUUGCUCACACACACAAAAUACUAUGCAGAUGCUGGGGUCAAAGCAACAUGCACAGCACACUGGAGGAACUUAGCAGGUCGUUUCCACAGAUGCUGCCUGACCUGCUGAGUUCCUCCAGUGUGUUGUGCGUGUUGCAAAAGAUUCACUCAAACUGCUGAGGAUAGAUGAACUCAAAGUAGUCAGUUCUACAAGUCAAGUAAAAAAUGUUAACUUUCAACACCUAUUACUGAUGAUUCUGAACAAAAUUCUUAAAUGUGUAGGUGUUCAGUCUUGUAAGUAUUUUACAAGGUUAAAUAUGUAUGGAAAAGGAAUUACUUUUUACCUCCAAAUCAGACCAUUCACCUCCAUCCCCAAGACUGACGUGGUACUUGCUGCUCUAGUGAAAAGCAAUAGUCUUUAUGUGUUGAUGUUUUGAAUUCACAGGCUAAUUUGAAGUGUUCAUGACCUGGGAAUAUCUGCAGUUUGCAUACUGUGAAGCUUUUUGGGUUUCAGCAGUGAUGUUUGGUACUGCUAUGCAGCGCUAGGGUAGUAGCGGGUAAUGGUGUACAAUUAAGCCUUUCAAAUUUUGGUGAUGUGGCUUUCACUGUGAAAACCCCAGAGUCCCAUCCUUUUCAUAAAUUAGGAGACUCUGAGUCAUUUUCAGAGCUCCCAGCUGUGCCCACAUUGGUUUAAUUUAUUCCUACUAUAUAAUAUGUAAAGCAAGUCAUUGACAGCACCUGAGAGUAUUUAUGGAUUCCUUGGCAGACAUUUGUGAGCAGAAAAAAAUUGUUCCAAUUAUAUCAGACGUCAAGAAAUUUCUGAAUACUAUAAUAAUUUUUCCAAGGUUUUCAGAAUAAACGUUCAGAAAAAAAAUCGUAUGUUUGCCUGUGAAAAAUCAUGUUGUAGAUGCAAUAGAGUUGAAAGAUUCAAAUUUCAACUAAUUUGAUUAAAUACUCUAUUUUCAGCUUCAGCUGAGUUAUCUUGGUCAUUAUGAAUGAAUGUUAUUACUUGCAUAUGCUAAAGCACAUACGUAAGUGAUUAGAACUUAUUGUGAUCAGAGCUCGGGGAUGGUUUGUGGCUAGUGAAGGAGAGGUGGGACCCUCCAAGUACCCUAAAAUUAAGGUUAGUUGUCCCUUGCAACUGCCAAAGCUUAUGCACUGAGCCCCCAGUGUUGGAGUAAAAUCUGCCUUGAGAAGUAAACUCUGCAUAUCCAAAACUAUUUUUUUUCUCCACAGGUUCUGGUCGAAUCUGCAUUGUCAUCCAUUUAUUGUGGACCUAUUUAAUACAAAACUGCUGAUUUGGCUAUCUAUGAUAGUAUCAAAUAGACACUUGACUGUACAGAUCAGUUGUUGAAGGAUGUAUGGCAUUAUCAGACUGAGAAACUGUUGAAGCAGUUUGCUAGUGAUCCUUUUUAUAUGUCUGCAUAAUGUUUUUUGCGAGCUUUAAUGCUCCCAUUCAGUGUGGUAUCUGCUCAAUUUUAUUUCAAGGAAGUACUCCAAAAAUUGUUUACUCUAAGCAUAUUAAAAGAACCUUAGUUCUUUGAUCUUUGGGAUUAGCACUAGUUACUCAAACAUCCUGAAGUAAUGUCAAGUUUGAUUAUGAAAAAGUUUAUAACCUACCAUAGAUUUGAAUUUAACAGCUGAAUGUAAUGCUGCUUGUCAUAUUCAUAAAGUGGAGUAAAUGUUACUUUAACGUUGUGUGUGUGAUGUCUAUUGUGGUUAAGGCUUAUUGUAAAAUGAGUAAAAAUUAUUAAUGGAAACCUGCACAUGUUCUUAAAUUGUAUUCUAAUACUGGGUUAUGUACUAAGUUUAAUACAGGGGUUCCCCAGGUUCCAUUUUAAAGUUUUACCUCGUAUGAAUUAACUUCCUUUAUAUGUCCAGAGCAGUUGAUUUAAGCUCUUUAUAAAUGUCUUUUUACUGAUUAUUCUUUGUAAUCUGUUAUGUAUAAGUUGUGCACAGUGUUGUACAUAUGAGAACAUGUAUAUGUAUAUAUACAGCAUGUUAAUGUCAAUAAAUGUAUAUUGAUAGUAAUCACUAAUAACCGUGCUAACAAUGCUAUUUGAAAUGAAUGUAACAGUGAUGUUAAUUAAAAAUAGUGGUUGCUUUCUCUGA